AUGAACGGAAUAAUAAUUCGAAGUGAUCGAAUAGUGGUGCCAGUCAAUCUCCGACAGCGUGUGCUGAACCUUGCACACAUAGGACAUCCGGGAAUCGAAAGGACAAAACAACGCCUCCGCAGCAAAGUGUGGUGGCCGAACGUAGACAAGGACGCAGAAAAGAUGGUAAAAUCUUGUCUGGAUUGCCAGUUGGUGACAGGAACAAUAACACCAGAACCUAUGAAUAUUCGCGAACUUCCUCAACAGCCAUGGUACGUGUUGGCAAUGGACAUAUUAGGCCCGCUGCCAUCCGGCGACUCGAUCCUCGUUUUGAUUGAUUUUUACAGUCGCUUCCGUAUCAUAGAUGUACUUCGAUCAACAACAACUGAUGAUAUAUUAAAUCGACUGGGCCAUACAUUCAUGAGAAUGGGAAUUCCAGCGGUAUUGAUUACCGACAACGCUCGUAACUUCACCAGUCAGAAGAUGGAAGAUUUUUGUAAAGUUCAUGGCAUCCAGCUUAAGCAUACUACUCCAUAUUGGCCACAGGCCAAUGGAGAGGUAGAGAGACAAAAUCGCACCAUUCUGAAGACAUUGAGAAUAUCUGCGCUAAAUGGAACUGACUGGAAAAGGAAUUUGGAGGAGGCAAACUAUGUUUAUUCCCUAACAAGACAUCCGGCAACUGGACGCUCACCAGCAGAAAUUGCGUUGGGCAGAAGAUUCCGAGAUUGGAUUCCACAGAUUCCGGAAUUAAUUCACGAGGAUGAAGAGAUCAGAGACUGUGACAAAAUUUAUAAGAGCAACUCUAAGAAAUAUUUCGACUCUCAUCAUAAAACGAACAAGGUGGAUCUUCAACAUCAAGAUAUAGUUCUAAUGCGUAACCUGUUACCACAAAAUAAACUUUCGCCAAUGUUUCACGCUAAUCCUGCUAAAGUGAUUGAAAGGCAGGGUAACAGUGUGUUGGUGGAAACAGGAGAUGGUAGAAAAUAUCGCAGGAAUUCCGCUCAUCUCAAGAAACUACAACAAAGCCAGGAUAGUUUCGCUGGCCAGCAACAUACAACCGUUGAGGAAUCCGAUGUCGCUGAGAGUAACGUGGAUUGGGGCACCCCAUUUCCAUCAUCGCAUCAGACUUCCAGCACACCUAUCGUCAACGAUGAGAGGUCACAACGUGAAGGCACACUAGAGAGACCGAGGCGAGAGGCUAGACGUCCUCUGCGGUACGAUGACUUUGAACUAGAGUGA